AUGGAUGGAGCACAACUCCGCGAUGAGGCCGCUCAAGAUCGAGUGCGCGCUGCCGUUGAGUUUCUCGACCCGAGCGAUGCUAGAGCACGCAGCUACCGAGCAGAUAUUGUUUUGAUGCUGAAUCGGAAACUGCGCCGCUUAAUUGUUAGUAUCGAUGAAAUUCGAGCACACAACCGUGAGAUGGCGGAUGGCCUUCUUACAUCUCCGUUUGACUGGACACAAGCAUUCGACAGAGCGCUCAAGGAUGUCAUCAAGACUCUUCCUAGUCGCCCGUCGAGUGAAACGGCGGACGAAGUGAACUAUUACUGCGCUUAUGUUGGUGCUUUCGGCGAGAACUCAUGUAACCCUAGGACACUCGGAUCCUCACACCUUAACCGGAUGGUUUCCCUUGAAGGCAUUGUCACGAAAUGCUCAUUAGUCCGACCAAAGAUCAUCCAGAGUGUGCAUUACGUUGAGCGAAAAGACAGGUUCGUUACAAGGAAAUACAGAGAUCAGACCAUGACAGCCAGUGGCGCGACAAAUAUGAACAUCUAUCCCCAGGAGGAUGAGGACAAGAACCCGCUCAUCACAGAAUACGGCUAUUCUACUUAUAUGGAUCACCAAACUAUCUCCAUUCAGGAAAUGCCCGAACGUGCUCCUGCCGGUCAACUCCCCCGGAGCGUUGACGUUAUUGUUGACGACGACUUGGUUGAUCGAGCAAAGCCCGGAGACAGAAUUCAGCUGGUGGGAAUCUAUAGGUCUCUAGGAAACCGAAACGCCAGCUCUGGGUCUUCCACCUUCCGCACGCUCGUCAUGGCGAACAAUAUAAUCCAGCUAUCAUCAAAGUCUGGCGGAGGAAUCGCUCAGGCAACUAUUACCGACACCGACAUCCGAAACAUCAACAAGGUCUCCAAGAAGAAGCACCUCUUUGAGUUGCUAUCCAGUUCCCUUGCUCCCAGUAUCCACGGUCACGACUACAUCAAGAAAGCUAUUUUACUCAUGCUUUUGGGGGGUAUGGAGAAGAAUCUCGACAAUGGUACGCAUUUGCGUGGUGACAUCAACAUUCUCAUGGUUGGUGAUCCUUCCACUGCAAAGUCUCAAAUGCUCCGUUUUGUUUUAAAUACCGCUCCCCUCGCAAUAGCCACUACUGGUCGAGGAUCUUCUGGUGUUGGUCUCACGGCAGCUGUCACCUCUGACAAGGAGACGGGCGAACGACGGCUUGAGGCGGGUGCUAUGGUGUUGGGUGAUAGGGGUGUUGUUUGCAUCGAUGAGUUUGACAAGAUGAGCGAUGUUGACCGCGUGGCUAUUCACGAAGUCAUGGAACAGCAGACGGUCACCAUUGCCAAAGCCGGCAUUCACACCAGUCUGAAUGCUCGUUGUAGUGUCCUGGCUGCAGCUAACCCUAUUUAUGGCCAAUAUGAUCCCCACAAGGAUCCUCACAAGAACAUAGCGUUGCCCGACUCCCUGCUGUCACGUUUCGAUUUGCUAUUCGUCGUGACAGAUGACAUCGAGGAUGCUAGAGACCGAAUGGUCUCUGAGCACGUUCUGCGCAUGCACCGCUAUCGCCAACCCGGCACGGAGGAAGGCGCCCCUGUACGGGAACAGCUCACCCAGACAUUAGGCGUUGGUAUCGAUGACACCGAGGACGCCAACCAACCCACCGAGGUCUUCGAGAAGUUUAAUUCAAUGCUUCAUGUUGGUAUUGCCAACUCAAGCAGAGGGCGGAAGAAGGACGUCGAGAUCUUGAGCAUUCCAUUCAUCAAGAAAUAUAUCCAAUACGCAAAGUCACGAAUCAAGCCUGUCCUGACAAAGGGCGCUGCUGAUCACAUCGUUGGAACCUACUCUGCCUUACGAAACGACGAGCUAUCGGCAAACCAACGACGAACAUCGCCAAUAACGGCCCGUACCCUCGAAACCCUCAUCCGUCUUUCAACAGCACAUGCCAAAUCCCGUCUGUCAAGCCGGGUUGAGGAGAAGGAUGCCAAGGUGGCGGAGUCUAUCCUGCGCUUUGCCAUGUUCAAGGAAAUCGUUGAGGACGAACGCCGCAAGAGAAGAAAGGUCACCACCUUCGAUGACGAUUCUGAAUCAAGCGGUUCCGAUUCAGACGAUGAUGGCGACGACCGCACCCCUACAAACACCUCUUCCGCCACCCCUCGCACCACCCGAAGAACCCUACGGACCCGCGCAUCGGCAGCCCGUUCUUCGGCAAAUGAGGACGUGGAAAUGGACGCUGAGGGUGACGACGUCUCUGUUGACGGAGACGGCCUGUACAGCGCCAGCCCCCGCGGCCAACGGAUUCAGUCCAGCCAGACUCGCAUGUCCGUUGCAUCGUCGCGCCCGGCUUCACAACUCGUCCAAUCCCAAACAGAUACCUCACAAUCCCAGGGUGCUUCGUCCAAUGCAUCUGCUUCUGCGUCCUCCCAGACAAUCAUGCCCGCGCGCCUGACUGUCUUCCGACAAGCACUGGGACCCUUGAUGGGUACCACGCUCUUCUCUUCAUCAGACACUGCCGACGUCGAAGAGCUCAUUGGGGCCGUGAACACCGCUGUGCGCUCUUCUCGCGCUCUAGGCGAGUCAGCGGUCUUCCAGCGGGCUGAGGCGAUCGAGGCAUUGAAGGCCAUGAACGAGAGAAACGAAUUGAUGUUCCUUGAAGACGACGACACCGUUUACAGGAUUUAG